GCGCGCUCGAAGUGGUGAAUUUUUAGCCGUCACUCCUCGCAGUGAAAAUAUUUUCGCAGAAAAACUCGUGUUUUCCGUUCUAAUCAACCACAGAAGCAUGCUAAUCAGCACGCUGGCUAAUCCCUGCACUGCUGUGGGCAGAAAUUUGCCGGCGUUGUGGCGUGGCAUUGGUGGAAUCCGCACAGCCAGGCGACAUAACCUCAUCGCGUUGAGGUGCUUCUGCACUGCCCCGGAGAAGGAGGACGAGAAUGUCUACGUGGGCCCCCUGACCAAAAAAAUGAAGGCCGUGAAGGUGUUCUCUCUGACCACAAGUAUCACCGGACUCAUAGCGCAGCCGAUGAUUAUUGAGCAAGCCAGUAAAAUCGGCGGCACUGCGCUGGUAGUCUUCAUGAGCGGCUUCGUGGGCUUCUUCACGUUCGUCACCCCCUUCUUGCUGCACUGGAUCACAAAGAACUACGUCUCGGCGAUGAAGUUCAAUGCCAGCACUCAAGAGUACACGGCAACAACAAUUUCGUUCUUUCUCACGCCAACUUACACCAAAUUCCGGAUAUCCGACGUGAAGGUGCCGGAUGUGCCUGGAAUGUUUACGACUUUCCUCGUGGGGAAGAAAGGAUUCUUCGUGGACGCAAAGGAAUUUCCUGACACAAAUCACUUCAUCAAGAUCAUGGGAUACGACAAACCCAUCGAUUUCAAGCUGGAGCUGAUUGAGGAUCCAAAAGGUGAUGAAACAAGCAAGAAGAAUGAGAAAACUCUGUGAGAUUUUCCCACACCAAUAAAUUAGUCAUUAGCGAUUUGAAUGUAUUUCGCGC